CUGGGAGGCCGGCCCGCGCGCGCGCGCGCGCUCUCUCUCGCGCGCGCCCCCGCUCCCUGGCGCUGAGGAAAACGUUGCGCAGGUUCAAAAAUGGAACGUCGGCGGCGUGAGGGAGCGCUGGGGGGUGUGCGCGCGUGCGCGUGCGCGCCCCGCCGAGCCUGACGGGGUCCCCGCCGGCCCGAGCCUCGCGCGCAGCAGCCGCGGACCCGCUGCUCCACCCCCGGCCCGGCCCGACCCCGGGCCCACUCGCCCGCCGCCCCGCAUGGAGCUGUCAGCCAUAGGCGAGCAGGUGUUCGCGGUGGAGAGCAUCCGGAAGAAGCGCGUGCGGAAGGGCAAAGUCGAAUAUCUGGUGAAGUGGAAAGGAUGGCCCCCCAAGUACAGCACGUGGGAGCCAGAGGAGCACAUCCUGGACCCCCGCCUUGUCAUGGCCUACGAGGAGAAUGUCUCUUUUUCUUCUGCCACCUUCCUCGAACUCCUAGGGAGGAGAGAGACCGAGCAUCAGGGUAUAGGAAGAGAGGUCCGAAACCCAAGCGGCUUCUGCUGCAGCGGCUCUACAGCAUGGACCUGCGGAGCUCCCCCAAAGCCAAGGGCAAGGAGAAGCUCUGCUUCUCUCUGAUGCGCCCACUCGGCAACGGGAGCCCUGAGGGGGUGGUCAAGGCGGGGGCAGCUGAGCUGGUGGACAAGGGCCCCUUGGUGCCCACCCUGCCCUUCCCGCUCCGCAAGCCACGCAAGGUCCACAAGUACCUGAGGCUCUCAUGCAAGAAGUUCCCGCCACGCGGGCCCCACCUGGAGAGUCACAGCCAUCGACGGGAGCUCUCCCUGCAGGAGCCACCAGCCCCAGAUGUCCUGCAGGCCGCCGGCGACUGGGAGCCUGUGGAGCAGUCCCCUGAGGAAGAGGCAGAAGCAGACCUGGCCGGUGGGCCCCCUCCCUGGACACCCAUGCUCCCUUCAAGCGAAAUUACCGUGACCGACAUCACCGCCAACUCCAUCACCGUCACCUUCCGAGAGGCUCAGGCCGCCGAGGGCUUCUUCCGAGACCGCAGUGGGAAACUGUGAACAGCGGCUUCCCCUCUUAAACUGUGUUCCGUGGGGCUUGGGUGAGGAAUUCCAGAGACAGGAGGGGCUGGGAGCAGGGUAAAUAUUCUAUUCUUCAGAAAGCAAAAGCAUGGGAGGACCCUAGCUCCCUGCCCUUGCUCCAUGAGAGUUGUUUACAGAGUGGCCUCUGGGGCAGGGUGGGAAGGCCAGUGUUAUUUGGGUCUCAUCUCCAGGGCAGAUGGGGACAGGCUACCCUGCCCAGUACGCCUCUGUCGUUAUCUUUCAGAGGCCGAUCCUAGGAGUCGGAGGAGCCCAGGAGGUCCAGACCUUACCUCGAGCAGUCACCCCACCUUUCGGGUGGUGUCCCUUCCCUGCUCCCUGACUUGGGUCUUUCACUAUGAACUCUCCACUCCAGCUUUGUGGUGGGACAUGGAGGCUGGCUUUGGCCAGCAGGGACAGGAUCAGGACAGCCGGCAUGCCCUGGACCAGGGAAGAGGCUGCUCACCAGGCCUCCUCUGCGUGUGCUGUUUCCCCUUCACUGGCAUGUGUAGCGAUGCCUGUGAGCAUGCCCAGCCACCCCAGUAUGCACAUGCUGCCUGUGCGUGUGUUCACACCUGCCCCAUCUGUAUAGACCUGUCCACGUGGACCUUGCACACCUUUAGAAACUGACCAGGUGAACAUGGCGUAACUCACAGCACAAAUGAACUUGCCACGGCACCCUCACUCCACCUUGCACGCAUGUCAUGUGACAGGAUUGGUCUCUUGGUUUGCAGCUGUCAGCAAACAGCUGGGAUCUGGCCUGGCCUGGGCCUGGUGGCAGCUGAUCUCCAAGCCAUAGAUAGGACCAGGUUUCAGGUGUACGAGGUACAGACGCUUCCGCACAGGCUCACAGACACUUGGCCCUUACUUCCUCCCACAGGAGUUCGCAUUCUUUCUGACUCAGGUGACUUUCCAGCCUCCCCAGCCCUCCUUUCUCUACCUUCUCCUGCAGCUCAGCCCAUCUGGGCACCCAUGGGUGCCAGUGGGUCCGGGCAGUCAGGGAGGGAGUGUCCCACCACUUUCUCAGGGCAGUCCUUGUCUUCUGUGUUCCCUCCCCACCCAACCUGAAUGGCACAGCUAAGGAUGACCCCUCAUGCCUGUGGGGAUUGAACUCUGAUGUAUGGUGAGUCAGACUACACAAGCCUGUGGUCCUGGAGAGGGGUGCAGCUUGCUAGUUUGCACUGGUGUCGUAUAGACUGACACCUUCCUUCCUGAGGAGGGUCACCUCCCUUGUCAAGGACGCACUGCUCUCUCACCCCCUGCCACCAUAGGAACCUGUGUGGCUGGGUCGCAGCAGCCCCCAGUUCUGCUGUGUCGUUAGGGAGGGCAGCGGAGUCUGCCUGAACAAGGGUACGGUGACUCACUUGUAGACUCUCCCAUUCCCAAACCAAAGAGCCUGUACCCCAUGUCUGUUUGGGGUUCUGUCCUCAAGCUUCUCCAGUCCCUGGCUUCCCCCUCUCCCUAAUUCUCAUCUGUCCAGGGUUAACUCAGUGCUUCCAUUUGGGGCCAGUCUGCUGUGGGUGACCUGCUUCACCUCCAUCCUGGGAUCUGAACCUCGAGGAUGUCAGGGUGGGCCGGGGAGGGGAGAGAUAAGGAGGACCCUCACCCAGUGGACAGUGGGAGCCUGGGAGUGGAGGAAGCUUGGGUUUGUUCUGGAGGCCCCAGCUCCUGGGCAGAAGGUGAGGGGCGGCAGUGGAGGCUUUUCUCUGCUGCUGGGUUUGAUGGCCCAUAGUACUGGGGUCCGCAUCCAGAGGAUGUCAUGCUCCCCUUCCCUCAGGCAUGAGACUAAAUACCCGUACAGCUAGACAAGGGGGCUCCAGGCAGCUGUCUUCUGUCUCUGGCAGCAGGCAGUGGCCUUUUCUCUCACAUGGCCCUUUUAUGAAGCCCACCAGCCGGGAGGCCUAGGGUGGGUAUCCCUCGGGGCAGCUCUGUGGCUCUGGACUGCUGGGGACUGGCCUCCAAGGGAGAAUGACUACAGGUUUGAGUGGCUACACAGGCUUCCUGCCUGAUGCCCAAGUGGACAGUUUACCCCCCCACACACACACACACUAACCCCCGACAAGGCCAGUACUCAGUGGGAGCCACCUGCCUAUCUUUCCCCUGGCCCCACCCAUUUGAAUGUAGAGGUUGGGUGGUACUUUUCCCUCACUGUGGAUUGUUGGGGUGAAGAUGUGCCUCAACGUCUUGUGUGGACACUCUUCGGUGCCACAGCUGAGCCCUCCUGGGCUGGGUGGUUAUCGUCUGGUAAGAUGGUAAUCUCAUUGCCAAGUUCCACCUCCUGCCCACUGGGGAAGGAGCUCAGUGUCAGUGAGGUGGCAUCAAUUUUUGCUUUAUAAGUGGCGGGCCGGACCUGGCCGCCAGGUCUCAGCACAAGAUCGCUUCCUUUGCACAGAAUGAGCUCCGAGCUUUGUUCAGACUACAUGAAUGUAUUGGGAGGAGUUGGGCACGGGCCUUCCCCCCUGGGGAUUGUGUUCUGGGGAGAGUCAGCAGGUUCAGAGUGUGGGUUUAUUUUUGUACUGACAUUGGUAAGAGACUGUAUAGCAUCUAUUUAUUUAGAUGAUUUAUCGGGUAGAUGGGGCAGAAAUUAUUAAGAAUACAUUAAAAUGAUUUUUAAAACGUC